AUGGUCCUGACAUCGAGGGCUACUACACAGGGAGUGCUGAAGGCAAACGUUGGUUCGGUCACUGAUGCAGUCAAGAAAAUUCGCGAGUCCAAGCAGUGGCUUGUGGCGCUGGAGUUGUUUCGGGAUGUGCUGCGAUCGCGAGUGCAGGUCCGCACCAUCCUCUACAAUGUCGCAAUCAGUGUAUGUGGGGCGGGCAGGCAAUGGCAGCAUGCACUGGCAUUGCUCGGUGAAACGUCGGGGGCGACGUUGCAGGCAGACGCCAUGAGCUACAGUUCCGGAAUUAGCGCCUGCCAAAAAGGGGGCCAGUGGCAGACGGCGUUGUCGUUAUUGUGGGAGUCCUGCGAAGCCAUGCUGGAGCGGAGCGUCGUGUGCUACGCCGCUACAAUCAGCGCGUGUCAAAAAAGUGGGCGGUGGCAGCAUGCGCUGUCGCUGCUGAGAGAGUUUGAGCACGCGAAGCUGGAGCGCAAUGUCAUCAGCUUUAGUGCUGGAAUCAGUGCGUGCGAGAGAAGUGGGAGAUGGGAGCAGGCCUUGUCGUUGCUGAGGGAACUGAGCAAUGCGAAGCUGGAGCCCGAUGUAAUCUGCUACAGCGCUUGUGUCAGCGCGUGCGAGAAAGGUGGGCAGUGGUUGCACGCGCUGUCGUUGCUAAGGGAGUUUGAGAUGGCGAGGUUGGAAGCAGACGUUAUCUGCCAUAGCGCUGGAAUCAGCGCUUGCGAGAAAGGAGGGCAAUGGCAACAUGCAGUCGUACUGUGGUUGGAGAUGCUGGAAAGGAGGCUGGAACCCAAUGUGGUAAGCUACAGCGCAGUGACCAGCGCAUGCGAAAAAGGCAGUCAAUGGCAGCAAGCACUGGCAUUUGUCUGGGAUUUGGCGGAAGCGAUGCUGGAGCCCGAUGUCAUCAGCUUCAGUGCUGGCAUCAGCGCAUGUGAGAAGGGCUUGCAGUGGCGCCAUGCAUUGUCAUUGCUGAGGGCGCUCGUGGACGCAACCGUGGAACCGAAUAUCAUUUCUUACAGUGCUGCAGUGAGCGCGUGCGGAACAGCUGGCCAGUGGGUCCAGGGACUGUCGUUGCUGAGGGAGCUGCGGGAGGCGCGGAUGGAGAUGAACGUCAUCACCCUCAACGCUGGAAUCAGCGCUUGCGAGAAGGGCCUGCAAUGGCAGCGCGCCUUGCUGCUCUUCGGGGGGCUGCGGGAGGCCGAUCUGGAGCCCGAUCUGAUCACUGGCCACAACGCCGCCAUCAGCGCCUGCGAGAAAGGUGGGCACUGGCAGGGGGCGCUGGUGCUGCUGCGGGAGCUGCGGGGUUCGGAGCUAGAGCUCGACGUCGUCAGCUACUGUGCUGCAGCGAGUGCUUGCGAGAAAGGCGCACAGUGGCAGCAUGCAUUGCUUCUUCUGGGGGAGCUGCGGGAGGCCAAGCUCGAGUCAGACAUCGUCAGCUUCAACGCGGGGAUCAGCGCGUGCGAGAAGGGAGGAGAGUGGCAGCAGGCGCUGUCACUCGUGAGGGAGCUGUCUGAACUGAAGCUGGAAAAGGAUACAAUCACUUACAACGCUGCAGCCACUGCGUGCGAGAAGGGUGCGCAGUGGCAGCAGGCGCUGUCGCUGCUCAAGGAGAUGCGAACAGUGAUGGUGGAACGGGACGUCACCAGUCUCUCCGCAGGAAUCAGCGCUUGCGAGAAGGGUUCACAGUGGCAGCAUGCGCUGUUAUUGUUGGCGGACUUUCGGGAAGCGCAGCUGCUGCCCGACACCAUCAGCUAUAAUGCUGGAAUCAGCGCUUGCGAGAAAGGUCGGCAUUGGCAGCAGGCGUUGUCGUUGCUGAGAGGGCUGCGGGACGCCAGCCUUGAAACAAGCACCAUCAGCUACAAUGCCUGCAUUAGUGCAUGUCAGAAAGGCGGAGUUUGGCGACAGGCGAUUUCUUUGUUCAACGAGAUUGAGAGGGUGAGAUUAGAGCACUCCACUAUCAGCUACGGUGCUGGAAUAUGUGCUUGCAAGAGCGCGCUGGUGUGGCAGGACGCCUUGUGGCUACUGAGGGGUAUGCUAGAUAAUCGUUUGGCACCAGACGCAAGCUGCUACGUCGCUGCGAUCGGUGCGUGUGAGGGUCGUGGGCGUGGGCAGUGGCAGCACGCGUUGCUGUUAUUGAGGGAGAUGCUGGAAUCAAGAUUGGAGCCAGAUGUUUCUGGUUACACGGGUGUGCUCGGCGCGUGCCAAGGUCGAGGGCAAUGGCAGCAGGCUUUGUGUUUGUUGAGGGAGAUGGCAGAAGUGGUGCUGGAGACAAGGACUGUCUCGCACUACCUUGGAAUCAAAGCGUGCGAGAGAUGUGGACAGUGGCAACAUGCAUUAUUGCUGUUUGGGGAUAUGUGGGAAGCACGGUUGGAGAUGGGAGCUUACGGUUAUGGUCUGGGGAUUAAUGCGUGCGUGAACGGCGGGCAUCGGCAGUUCGCAUCUUUGUUGUUGGAUGAGUUGGCGAAUUGUGGCCUUCAGCCACAACAUGUCGACAUCCCAGCAGAGGCCUAG